UCUAAGCAGGCUGAUCUGAUAAGGUGCUAGGACCUUUGCUCCCUCUCUUCAACUGAAAGCAUUCUCAGCUUGCCAGUGGCCCCCACUGCCUGACUGGCUGAGGAGCUCUCCAGAGCAGAGAUUUCCUCCUUGGCACGAGCAAAAGAAGAUGCUGUCUAAGUUGAGGAUCCUGUUCAACAAUGCAACCCUUAGAAAGGGUCACAAUUCCAUGGUUCGAAAUUUCCGGUGUGGGAAGCCGCUACAGAACCAAGUUCAGCUGAAAGGCCGUGACCUCCUGACCCUGAAGAACUUCACCGGAGAGGAGAUUCAGUACAUGUUAUGGCUCUCCGCAGAUCUGAAAUUCCGGAUAAAGAACAAAGGAGAAUAUUUGCCUUUAUUGCAAGGGAAAUCCUUGGGGAUGAUUUUUGAGAAAAGAAGUACUCGAACAAGACUGUCCACGGAAACAGGCUUUGCUCUCCUGGGAGGACACCCUUGUUUUCUUACCACCCAAGACAUUCAUCUGGGUGUGAAUGAAAGUCUUACGGACACAGCUCGUGUGCUAUCUAGCAUGACAGACGCGGUGUUAGCUCGAGUGUAUAAGCAAUCAGAUCUGGACCUCCUGGCUAAGGAAGCAUCCAUUCCAAUUGUCAAUGGACUCUCAGACUUGUAUCAUCCUAUUCAGAUCCUGGCUGAUUACCUCACACUCCAGGAACACUAUGGCUCUCUCAAAGGCCUUACCCUCAGCUGGAUAGGGGAUGGGAACAACAUCCUGCACUCCAUCAUGAUGAGUGCUGCAAAAUUCGGGAUGCACCUUCAAGCAGCUACUCCAAAGGGUUAUGAGCCGGAUCCUAAUAUAGUCAAGCAGGCAGAGCAGUAUGCCAAGGAGAAUGGUACCAAGCUGUCAAUGACGAAUGAUCCAUUGGAAGCAGCACGCGGCGGCAAUGUAUUAAUUACAGACACUUGGAUAAGUAUGGGGCAAGAGGAGGAGAAGAAAAAGCGUCUCCAGGCUUUCCAGGGUUACCAGGUUACGAUGAAGACGGCUAAAGUUGCUGCGUCUGACUGGACGUUUUUACACUGCUUGCCUAGAAAGCCGGAAGAAGUGGAUGAUGAAGUGUUUUAUUCUCCACGGUCAUUAGUGUUCCCAGAGGCAGAAAAUAGAAAGUGGACAAUCAUGGCAUCAGUCCGUUACUUUCGCCAUGUGGGUCUUUGGGACCAAACUCAGCUCCUCAUGUUUGUUGGCAAGUUGUCUCUACUUGCUGAGCCAUUUUGCCAGCCUAGUAUUUAUCUAGUUUUGUUCAGAAAGUUAAUCAGUCAGUAUUUCUUAUUAGCAUACAGAGUAUAUUUUAAUGAACUAAAAUUGAUCCCCUUCCAAAUUCAUCAAUUUUAAUCAAAAUUCUAACUGCUGUGAGUACUAACUUCUCUUACUGGCCAACUGUUACAUAUUACAGAACUUUUAGAUUCUAAUCUGUCUGUGUUCAGUGAAGCUGCUAAUUCAGUGCCUGCUAUAAAAUGGAUUAAAAAAAUCCUUUUCCUUCUUCCCUUCUUUUUCUUGUUCAUUCUUUUCUUGAUACCUUAAGCAAAUGAUUGAAGUUCUCCGUUUGAGUUUGGCCAUAUAGAUAUAUGUGUUUAUAGGUAUAGAAUAUUUCCAAAAUUCAUAUCAAAUUUUACUUUAGAAGUUUUUAGUCCCUUUCAGACAAAGCCAUUGAUCAUUUUUAUCAUGGAUAUGCUAAGAAAUAUUAACCUUAAAAACUGCUUUGCAAUAUUCAGUGGUAAAUUUCUCUGGAAAACUGAAUACGCACAUGCUAUAAGUUAGCUCCACCAUUUUUAAUUGGUUUAACCUAUUUCAAUUAUUGUACACUCAGAGUCUUAACUGCAAACAACAGACUCCAUCCUAUGUAGAUUAUGGAGAUUUUUAAUCUCUUGGGAGAAGGGAUUCAGUGAAUCAUUAUGGAACACCACAUAGCAAGGACAUCAUAGGCAGAGAAAUUACCCCAAACCUGUGAGUGUUCUAUAGCCAGAAAAAAUCCAGACCCACCCACCCACAGCCAUUGGAAUCAGACGCACUACCUGAAACAGAUGCUUCUACUUGCACACGGAAUAGAAGAGUCAAUUAUUCAGAGAAUGGCUUCCAUUGUGUGUUGUCCACUUGUAUUUCCACAUCUUCAGUGGAUGUAACUCAUUACCAUUCUUAUACUAAAUCUUCAAGGAAAUGUAGAAAACAUAGUAUUAGCUUCUAAUAAUCACCAUAGUAGAGUAAAGCAAGUUGGGAAGGACUACUUUAUUUUUUCUUUAUCAGUGAGAAGAGGAUCAUUGUAAAUAUUAACUAAUCCAUGGAAUGUUUAGUAUAGGGGCUAACAUGUUAUAAGCUAGUCUCUGAAGAUUUAGUGUUCAUUUUACUCACCCAAGUAUCUUGUUAAGUGAAGGUUUAUGUUUACUAGUUCAGAGAUGGAGCUGGAUAGUUGGUGUUUCUAAUGAGAACCUAUAUAACCCAGGUGCCAUUGUAUUAUGAACCACCAUUUGAGUAUUAAAGAUCUAGAUGAUGAAAAAUAGAAAAUGGAAGCUCUCCAACAUUUAACUUAGGAAAAGACAGAAAAUUUCCCCCUCGGAUUCUAUUUAUUAUCAGAGAGCAAUUAAAGUUGCCAAAGAUGAUCCAAGUAAAUCUGAUAAGGAAGGUUGUAGAAAUACUAGGGGAAAUGCUUUUUAAAGUUCUAAAAAUCUCAAAUAUGGAGAUAGUCUAUGUUUCUGAACUUUGAAAGCUUAUCACACGACAUGUUUAAAUUCAGUUUACUUCCAAAUAAAUGUAUAAUGUAUUGAUGUGGUUCAAA